AUGUCCGACGGUGGCGUGUUAAGACCAGGGGAAGAUGGAAAAAGUCUGCCAAAAGAUGAAUGGAAGAAACGUCUGAAACCCAUGGAAUACUGUGUCUGCAGGGAAAGUGACACUGAACGACCAUUUAGCGGUCUGUAUGAGAAUCAUUUUGAACCAGGUAUCUACACUUGUCUUUGCUGUGGAACUGAACUUUUUGAGAGCAAGACAAAAUACAAGACCCACUGUGGCUGGCCGUCCUUCUACGCCCCCAUCGUGGAAGAUCGGAUAACUAGAAAAGUGGACACUACCUAUCAGCUAGUUAGGACUGAGGUGGUUUGUAGCAAGUGUAACGCCCAUCUUGGUCACGUGUUCGACGAUGGACCCAAGCCAACUGGAGAGAGAUUCUGCAUCAAUAGCGUCUCUUUAAAUUUUAAACCUGAAAAAAACUCCAUCUGA